AUGAAAGGCCAUAUCACUCAUGGUUCAUCUAAGAGGCUUGGGGAUGAUGACAGCAGUGGUGCAUCAAGUAGUCAGGCAAAUAACCAUCCUCGAGGUGGACGAACAGUAGCUCCCAUUCGUCCUAACCAACAAGCGAACACUAGUAGUGGAACUGGAAAGACAGUCCAAACAAGGCAGAAUACUCAAGGCCAAAUGACAGUCAACUGCUAUUGA